GGUACCGUCCCACAAUACCAGGCGGGAGGGCGGUAGGCGGUUUGUAUCCGGGCUGUGAGGUGCUCGGAGCCUCCGCGGACCUCGCUGCCGCUGUCUCUUUAACGCGAGAGGAAGCGAUGCGGAGGGGUGGAAAAUGGCAGAGCUGCAGAUGUUACUAGAGGAGGAGAUCCCGUCUGGCAAGAGGGCGCUGAUAGAGAGUUACCAGAACCUGACCCGGGUGGCGGACUACUGUGAGAACAACUACAUACAGGCAACAGACAAGAGAAAAGCUUUAGAAGAGACCAAAGCCUAUACAACCCAGUCCCUAGCUAGUGUUGCUUAUCAAAUAAAUGCAUUGGCUAACAAUGUACUCCAGUUGCUGGACAUCCAAGCCUCUCAGCUUCGGAGAAUGGAGUCUUCCAUCAAUCAUAUCUCACAGACUGUGGACAUUCAUAAAGAGAAAGUGGCUCGAAGAGAGAUUGGUAUUUUGACAACAAAUAAGAAUACAUCAAGAACUCACAAAAUAAUAGCACCUGCAAAUAUGGAACGCCCCGUAAGGUAUAUUCGGAAACCUAUUGACUACACAGUUCUGGAUGAUGUGGGCCAUGGUGUCAAGUGGCUAAAAGCCAAGCAUGGAAAUAACCAGCCUGCAAGAGCUGGCACGUUGUCGAGAACAAAUCCUCCUACUCAGAAACCACCAAGUCCUCCCAUGUCAGGCCGGGGAACGUUGGGACGGACUACUCCUUACAAAACCUUGGAGCCUGUUAAACCCCCAACAGUUCCUAAUGACUACAUGACGAGUCCUGCUAGGCUUGGAAGUCAGCAUAGUCCAGGCAGGACAGCGUCUUUAAAUCAGAGACCGAGGACACACAGUGGCAGUAGUGGGGGAAGUGGAAGCCGAGAGAACAGUGGAAGCAGCAGUAUUGGCAUUCCCAUUGCCGUGCCUACACCUUCACCACCCACUAUUGGACCAGAAAACAUUUCUGUCCCUCCUCCUUCUGGAGCUCCACCAGCACCACCGCUUCCACCACCUCUCCCAGUGAGCACUGUGAUAGUAGCCCCGGGCUCAGCUCCUGGCUCGCAGUAUGGCACAAUGACCAGGCAGAUUUCUCGGCACAACUCUACCACUUCUUCGACAUCUUCUGGUGGAUACAGACGAGCUCCCUCUGUGACUGCUCAGUUCUCUGCUCAGCCUCAUGUUAAUGGAGGUCCACUUUAUUCUCAAAAUUCAAUUUCUAUUGCUCCACCCCCUCCCCCUAUGCCUCAGUUGACUCCACAGAUACCUCUCACAGGCUUCGUGGCCAGGGUGCAGGAAAACAUUGCCGAUAGUCCAACCCCACCACCGCCACCCCCACCAGAUGACAUUCCCAUGUUUGAUGAUUCUCCACCUCCGCCACCACCUCCUCCAGUGGAUUAUGAAGACGAGGAGGCUGCAGUCGUUCAGUAUAAUGAUCCAUACGCAGAUGGGGAUCCUGCCUGGGCCCCCAAGAAUUAUAUUGAGAAAGUUGUUGCAAUAUAUGAUUAUACAAAAGACAAGGAUGACGAGUUAUCGUUUAUGGAGGGUGCAAUCAUUUAUGUCAUAAAGAAGAAUGAUGAUGGCUGGUAUGAAGGAGUCUGCAAUCGAGUGACUGGUCUGUUCCCUGGGAACUAUGUUGAAUCAAUCAUGCACUAUACUGAUUAAAGUUUUUGCUUUUAAAGUAGAUUCUCAUUAUUACUCAGUCAUACUGUGGGACUAUUGCGGUUAACAGAAUUGUCUUAAUUAUGUUUUAAAAUGUGCCCCUGUUUUCAGGUCAUGCUGUUUUAUCGGUAUAAUUGAAUGUCUACCUGUAAGCAUAAAUCUUUGCGACAGUUUGUGUAUUGCUGAACAGCAGUUUAUAUACAGGAAGCUGUCCGUAACUGGUUAUGCCUACGUAUUUACUCAGACAUUGUUAACUUUAUGACCAGCCUAAUCGUCUGGGGAAGUGGGGUAUAAUAUUUAAAUCAUGAUUCAGAUUGUACCGUUAUAUCUUUCAGUGCAGCAUGGUUACUAACACUGUCAGACUAAUAUUAAAAAUCAGAAAAUUUAAAUGCUGGUGCUGGUCAUAUUUUUUGUUUAAAUUCUCUCAUUCUUGAGCUAUACUGUUUGUUUAAAGCAUGCAUACAAAUUUAUGUACUGAAAUAUACUUUUAAAAAAUCUAAGAUGCUUCCAAUUUGUGUACUGUUUACCUGGAGCAUUCAUACUUUAAGGCUCUUGAAACGAAUUGAGUCUCUAAGGUCUCCAUGUGAAACAAAACAGACAAAAAGGGUGAUCUGUAAUGGUGUAAUUUGUACCUGAGUUUUUUAAUGAGUGAAUUUGCAUUAUCAAUUUUUUUUAUUCAUAAAUACAUAAGUGAACCAAAGGUCUUUGUCCUUUCCUUCAUUGGUUUGCUUUAAAAAAAAAAAAAAAAAAGAUGCUGAUUUAUUGGAGAAUUACGGUUAUAUUUUCUCAAUAUAUUGACUUAAGAAAAAAUUUAGCCUUAUCUCAAUCUGUCCCGACAGCAAUGUGACUGAUCAUUGCAGAUUUGAAAUCAGAGAUGGUUAUUUACAAGUCAGUUUACUGAAUUCCUUUUCUAAAGUAACUUUUUCAAAGCUAAGAAAAUGUGUCAUAAUGUGCACAUUUAUUCUUUAGGUAAAAUUCUUAAGGAUUGUUAAGAUCAAUCCUUUAGUUUUACAGCAGACUCUUGUAUAUUGGUUCAAUGAAAGGAAAUUAUAAGUAUCUUUUACAUAUUACUUUUGUAAAAGUGGAUGCAAUUAAUUUUUGAAUAGGCACUAUCGAACCCUUUAUCUGGCAGUAGCAAUAUAAAGAUUUUAAAAUAAAAUAGUUGGCAAAGAAGGUGAGUCAUUAAUCAGUGAACAGGAAUAUACUUAACCAACAGAUUAGUAUUGUCUCUUGACAUAAUUGAAAUGCAACACAUGCACUUCGUGUGUCUCCUCUUAAUUUACGGGAGGGUUAGAGGGUAUUUUCUCUUACCUUGUGUAUGAUUCUAUAUUGCUUUAGGGCAUUAGAGCACUCAAGUCUGGGUUUCUGUGUAUUGACGGUUUGUUUGGAUUUCAAACUACGGUUAUGUACUGGGCAAUACAGACUUCUAACAGCACAGUGAAUGGUUAAGAAUAGUGGAAAACAUUUAUUUCUGAAAAUUAAAGACCAUGAUUGCUACCAAACCAAUGUGACUGUUUCAUAUGCAUUGUACUUUUGUUAAUUUUAAACACGAUUUCAGUAUCUUUAGCUAUCAGCUAGUUACCUUCUGCUUUUCAUUUUUCAAGUGGAAUGUUUUCUUAAUUUGUAUAUAACUGUUGUCUAAAUUUUAUACACAGUCUUUUGUAAUAAACCAUUCUCCUAUAUAAAUUUUGGAUACUGUUAAAAAUCUAACUAAUGUGGACUUAACUGUAGACUUCACAAUUCCCUGACCUUCACUCCUGGGCUCCCUUUACCUUGUCAGUAAAGGUGAAACAAGACAAACCAUCCGAAUUUCAACAUUGAUUGUUUAUUUGUGUAAUGGCUUGACAUGUGGAUAUCAACACUGUAAACAAUACCACAUAUAACCACCAUGAUACCUCGAUUAGAAUUUACGGGAUGAGAAUGACAGAUUCAGACAGUUUAAUUACAUAGUUAUGGCUUUCUUCAAUAUAAUUUAGUUUAAAAAGUUUUCUGAAAAACUUUGCCAAUUUAAAAAAAAAAAACAAAACUGCCAACCAGUACGGUUGAAACGAUUUUUUAAAAUGAUUUUUGGUUAUCUGCACGUGAAGCAAACAAAGUGUAUUUGACAAAAUUCUUUAGGCACAGUCUGGUAAAAUAGCUGCCAGAAAGAACAGAAAGAGUUGUCAUUUAUCUCUUGUGAGUACAAUUUCUGAAAGUUGAAUGAGGGCAUCUCUUUCUGGGGAUGGUCGAAGUUUACUGAUCUCUCUUACUGCUUCAUGGCAGUAGCGCUGGGCGAGGUAGGUUGUCUGUUGCACACCAUCACUCUGCGGGUAAGAACGAAACAGACGCAUGUCAUUGACUGGAGCAGCUUUUACGUUCCGCUAUAAUAAAUUACAACGUACUUGUGAGAUCAGAUGAGAUGAGUGGGAAACAGAAAGGGAAGAGCCCAACUAUGUUUCUAAUGUUUGCUCUCUAAUUCAUGAUUCCAGCCUCCUCUGCUUAUUUCUUUUAGGCCCUUUUCUCAGAUAGAAGCAAAUUUUGUUCUAUUAGCAUGCAAAACAACUAAUUUGUUAAUUUUGAGUAGCCAUCUAUUUUCUCUUAGUUUUUACUGAAGUAUUAGUUUUUAAAAAGUUCCACAUACAUAAAAUAGCUGUACACAAUUUUUAAAUGAAAAUAUCUAAAGCGAAAAUUUCACUUUAAAAAAAUAAAGAGUAUACACAAUAAAAUGAAAAUAAGCGUUGAUGACAGAAAUCAACAGUUCAUCCCUCUUCCAAAGCUUUACCCGUAGGUUUUGGUUCUUCACCUAGCUUAUAUAAUAUACUAUUUCUUUUUUAUUUAUUGUACUUUGGAUGAAGGCUUACAGAGUAAACUAGCUUCUCAUGAAACAAUUAAUAUACAUAUUAUAACAUUGGUUGCCAAACCCAUGACGUCAACACUCUCCCCUUCUCGAUCUUAGGUUCCCCAUUACCAGUUCUCCUGUCCUCUCCUGCCUUCUAGUCUUUGCCCCUGGGCUGGCAUGCCCAUUUAGUCUCGUUUUAUGGGGCUGUCUAAUCUUUGGCUGAAGGGUGAACCUCAGGAGUGAUUUCAUUACUGAGCUAAAAGGGUGUCCGGGGACCAUAGUCGCAGGGUUUCUCCAGUCUCUCUCAAGCCAGUAUGUCUGGUCUUUUUUUGUAAGUUAUAAUUUUAUUCUACAUUCUUCUCUAGUUCUGUCCGGGACCCUCUAUUGUGAUCCCUGUCAGAGCAGUCAGUGGUGGUAGCCGGGUACCAACUAGUUGUGCUGGACUCGGUCUGGUGGAGACUGUGGUAGUUGUGGUCCAUUAGUCCUUUGGACUCAUCUUUCCCUUGUGCCUUUGGGUUUCUUCAUUCUCCCUUGCUCUAGACAGGGUGAGACCAAUGGAGUAUCUCAGUUGGCGGCUCACAGGCUUUUAAGACCCCAGAUGCUGCUCGCCAAAGUAGAUUGUAGAACAUUUUCUUUACAAACUAUGUUGUACCAGUUGAGUUCCCUGCCCUACCCCCUUCCCUCCCUCGUAACCAUCAAAGAUUGUUUCUUUUUGUAUGUAAAUGUUUUCAUGGAUUUUUUAUAGUAGUGGUCUCAUACAGUAUUCUUCAUUUUGUGAUUGACUUAUUUGCAGAUUCAUCAUUGUUGUUUACUCUUGCAUAGUGUUCCACUGUAUGUAUAUAUCAGUUUAUCAUUCAUCUGUUGAUAGGCAUCUAGGUUGUUUCCAUCUUUUUGCUACUGUGAACAGUGCUGCAGUGAACCUAAGCGCGCACAUGUCUAUUCAUGUGACGGCUUUUAUUUCUGUAGGAUAUAGUCCUAGGAGUGGGAUUGCUGGAUCAUAUGGUAUUUCUAUUUCUAGCUUUUCAAGGAAGUGCCAUAUUUUCCAAAAUGGUUGUAUCGUUUUGCUUUCCCACCAUCAGUGCAUAAGAGUUCCAGUCUCCCUGCAAGCCUCUCCAGCAUUUGUUAGUUUGUGUUUUUUUGAUUCUGCCAGUCAUGUUGGGGCGAGACGGUAUCUCAUUGUGGUUUUGAUUUUCAUUGCUCUAAUGGUUAGUGAUAGUGAGCAUUUCCUCAUGUGUCUGUUAGCCGCUCGAAUGUCAUCUUUGGUCAAGUGUCUGUUCAUAUCCUUUGCUCGUUUUUUAAAUUGAAUUGUCUUUUUGUUGUUCAUAUACUAUUUCUUGAUUAUCAGUUUUAGUUAUUAUCUAUUGCCUUUCUGCUAAGAUGAGGAUUUAGUCCACUCAUACUGUGCCUGCUAAUUUGAUCAUUACAUCACUGUCUUUAGUUCCUUUCUUGAUUACCUUUGUCAUCUUGUAGCAUCAGUUUUAUGAGGGGACCAGUGCUCAUGUCUCCUUCCUCUUUCUACAUAUACUUUUACGCUAUACAUAGGGAUUGGUAAUAUUUGCAUUCUAUUCUGUAAUUAUGUUUUUAUGUUGGUUGUUUCUAAAAGCUGAAUACUAAUAAGGUAUUUAUUAUUUCCAUGAUGUAAAAAAUUUCUAUUGCAGAAACAAAUCAAGUCUAUGAUUUUAUUUCCUUUAUUUCCAUGGUUACAACGUGGCCGCUCUGCCAUUUAGAGUCGAAUAUUCCUAACAUCAUGCUCCAAAGGCUCGGAUGGUCUACAAUCUACCGGUCACUCAAGCUGGGACACACUUUAGCUUGCUCUGCCUCACUGUACAGAUCCACCUCUGUAACUGCCUCUUCUUUUUCCUUUUUCGGAAAGGUGCUCCACAUUUUUAUUACUUCCUGUGUCUUAAUCAUUCUAUCUGUUACGUGGACUGACUACUUUCUAGGUCUGUUGUACAACUGCCACCCUAGGAUGUUUUUUCAUUGGACUCUGGCUCAUUCCACUGGUUUUGGUUCCCUAUGUUUUUGUCUUUCUUGGUGUUUGGGGUUUGGGAAGUCAACUUUUUAGCUCUUAUGUGUGACAACAGGAGACCUGGUGGUGCAGUGGUUUUAAAAGCUAUGGCCGCUAACCAAAAGGUCGGCAGUUCAAAUCCACUGAGCUGCUCCUUGGAAACCCCAUGGGGCAGUUUUACUCUGCCCUGUAAGGUCACUACAUGCGUCAGAAUUGACAUGAUGGCAGCAGGUUUGGGUAUUUUUUUUUUUGUGUGAGUUAUCUUCUUUUGCCUUCAGACUUAAUGGAUGGUUUGACUAAGUAUAGAAUUCUAGCUUUAAAGUGUUCCUUCAUCAUUUGGAAGGCCUUACUCCACUGCCUUCUAACAUUUAGUGUGCUUGCUAUACACUGAACCACUUCGAUUUUUUUCCUUUUAUAGAUCACCACUUUUUUCUUUGACUUAGGUUUUCUCUCAUUUUUCAUCUUCUUGCUUGUCUGUUUACAUUUUGGAAUCUUUCUAUGGAGUCAGUUGUUCAUAGUCACUUAAAAUUUCCUGGUCAUUGUUUUUCAUAUUAUUAUCUGUAUUUCAUAUUAUUCUUGUUUUAUACAGUAUCUUUCUGAAUCCACCUAUUUAUAUUUGAUUAUUUCAGUUUAUCUUGUCUUUCUUACUCUUUUAUGCAGCAAGCUUUCAUCAACUGUGUAGUAACUGAGGUUGUCCACUCACAUUUAAUGAGGGUCUAGGUUUUUUUUUUAGGGGAGAUGUGUGGGAACAGGGUGCUAGAUUUUAGAGGCCUUCGUAGCAUGUUUAGAGAACAUCCCUGUGGAUUUUUUUCUAAGUAUAUUUCUGCCUAAGCUUGGUGAAACUUCACUAUUUUAUCUGAGAGCUACAGUUAAUUCCUCUCUUUUCAGUCCCAUUUCUCACUGCAGCAUUCAGUAAUACUGUUAUUUCCUAAGCCAAAACCUCUCUGUGACCUCCCAGCCAUAUGGAUUUCUUUAUCAGCUGCAGCCCCCUCUCCUGCUGAGUUUUUAUAUUACUGCCAAACCACCCUCCAAAGAGGUGGUAGCCUGUAGCAAAUUAUGAUGCUCAACAGUACAGUCAAACAGAAAUACAUAACUUUUGAGGGGUUUUGCUUUUAGAAAUACUAAAAAUCUGAGGUAAUUAUUUAGAAUUCUUUCAAGUAGACUAAUUAUAUAUUCAAACCAUACUUGAUGACUAGAAAACUUUUAUUCAUUCCAUUUCAUUCAUUAAAUCUGUUGGCUCCAGCUCACUGUGGAUUUGAAUUGUGGAAAGAGCUCAUUCUCAAAAGAUGAAAAAAAAAAAAAAAAACCUGUUGCAGUCGAGUUGAAUCCGACUCAUAGCCAGGCAGAGAACUGCCCCAUAGGGUUUCAGAGGAGCGCCUGAUGGAUUUGAACUGCCAACGUUCUGGUUAGUGCCAUAGCUCUCAACCACUACACCACCAGGGUUUCCUUUCCAAAGAUAAAGACUCACCAAAACUGUAAAUAUGCAAAAAAGUAUCUGGCUUCUACAGAAAAGUUGAGGAUGUUUUAAACACUGACGUUGUAUCUGAAGCAAGUUUACAUCCCCUGAAGGUUAAACAGUUCUCCCUGUAAAGAAAAACUUUAAUGUGAAUGUACGCUUUCGUUUGCCUGUGUUGGUUUUAAAAAAAAAAUUACCAUUUGUUUAGUCAUACCUUGACAGCAGUUAGGUGUCCUGGGUGGUGCAGACGGUUAAGUGUUUGACUAGUAACCAAAUAAAAGGUUGGCAGUUUGAAUCUACCCAGAGGUGCCUCUGGUGGCGCAGUGGUUAAGAGUUUGAGUGCUAACCAAAAGGUCGGCAGUUCGAAUACACCAGGCGACUUCUUGGAAACCCUAUGGGGCAGUUCUACUCUGUCCUGUAGGGUCGCUGUGAGUUGGAAUUGACUCGACGGCAAUGGGUUUUAGAGGUGUCUCAGAAUUAAAGGCCUGGGGAUCUGCUUCUGAAAGGUCACAGCUUUGACAACCCUAUGGAAUGCAGUCUAUCAGACAUGUAUUGGAUGCCGUACGUGGUUUUGUUGUUGUUGUUGUUACAGCAGUUAUAUAGGAUGAACUAAGAAAGACCAGUAGUCCAGCCGUGGCAAGGAUGAGCGCGUGGAUUAGGUUGGAGGCACGUCUGGGAGACUGGGGGAAUAGGAGCGCCAAAGCAGCAGGUCUCAACCCUGGCUGCACAGCAGAAUCACUUAGUGUCUUUUAAAAUCUAAAUUAAAAAAAUUAAUUUUUAAAACUAUUAAUCCCUGAGCUGUACACAAGACCCGUUAAAUUAGAAUCUUCCGGAUAUAUUCUAGAAGAAAAAUGAGGUUAUAUGAAUUUUUCCUUCUCAGUUUUUGUCAAAUCAAGAGUUGACCAAAUUUGGUUCCUUCUUGGUUUAUCAUUUAAUUUUCAGUUAACGUUACCUUAUUUGUUUGGUUAAAGGACUUUGCCAUCUUGUCCUUGCUGCCUUUUUUCCCUUGUUUUUAAUAAUCUUACCUGUAAUACAUAUUGUCGAGCUCUGUCCACAUCUCCUGGCAAACUGAACCGUCUCAUUAUCAUAGCAUUCAUUUCUGGGAACUAACCAUAGAGAAAGAAAAUUUACUAACUAUUGGCAUGAUCAAAUGUUCUCAAGCUACUUUGUAGUUUACCAUAACACUUGGGGGUAAAAACCAAAAAGUGGCUUAAAUGUCUAGAUGAUUUGGGGAGCAGUAAAUUAUGGCAGUUAAGGAAGCUGAACUUAGACAUCCAUUUUCUCCGCCUUGGGAUUGGGAUGGUUCACAGAGAGGGCACAGGCAGCUGUUGCCGCUUGGGCUGAUGUUCUCUUCUAUCCUAGUCAACUACAGGGUAAGAAUGGAAGGGAGCAAAGAGUAUCGCUAGCAUGAGCUUUCAGAGCAAGGGUUUGGUAUAUCAAGUAACUCCAUUUUUAGGUAACGUGUAGCAUUUCUGAAGUGCCAGGUACUGUUCAAAACACUUUUUUAAUCUCACAACAGUGUCCAUUUUACAGAUGUGGAAACAUGCAUAGAAAAGUUAAAUAAUUUGCCCAAAGUCUUAAGCUAGAAAGCGGUAAGGCUAGGGAUUUAAACGCAGGCAAUUUUGCUUCAGAGUUGUUCUCUUAACCUAAAUUCAUGUGUUCUGACCCCCAAAUAACCUGUUUCACUCUGAGGAAGAACCUGAGGGUGGCCCUAAAUCUUGCUCAGUAUGUUUUUUACUGCAGUUAGUAAUUAUUACUGAUUUCCACCUAGUCACAAAGCUAUUACAAGUUCUAUAAUCAGCAAAUGCAUUGGCAUAUUUUUCCCUUAUGUGAAAAUAUUUACCUUUCAAAAUCAGAAACAGACUUUAGACAGUUUAAAGAAAGCAUAACAGAGUUUAGGUCUUAAUCGAACCUUAAAAGUAGUUAACUAUUUUCACACAGGUAAUGAAGAAAAUCAAAUUGGAUUUUCCUAUCAGUAUCCCUAAGAAAGGAAGGUUGUUUUAUUCAAAGCUAAAAAAGCAGUUUGCAUGGCCAAUACUGAGGAAGCUAUCAGGAGUAAAAACUGAAUGUAGGCCGAAUGUUAAAUUAGGACUAAAUGAUGGAAGAAUUAUGGUUUCUUAAACUGGCUGUGCCAUAAAGUAGCUAACGACCUUGGCCAAGAUUCUCUAAACUUUUUGACUUCAGUUUCUACUUUAAAAAAAGGAAACUGACAGGACCGUGCUCUUUAAGCUACUGUAAUGUCUCAGCAUUCUAUUAAUAUAUGAUCUAGCAGUGCUACUGAAUAUUAUAAAUGCUGUGAUAGUGGCUUGUCUGAAACCAGUCUGUCAUGGUAACUUCCCAGCUGUUUAGGUAAUAAACUUGGAAUCUGAUGUCCUGACUGUAUAAAUUUAAUUAAAAUAUUUGAGUCCUUGCUAACUUUAAGGCCCAGCUUUGGCAGUGGCUCACAGAACCAAGGUGUUCUUUCAUGUGUCACUGCCUUAAAGCAGUGUGCAUUUCUAACAAGUUCCCAGGUGAUGCUGAUACUAUGGGUUUCUGAGGACAUUUUGAGAACCACUGGCCUAGGAUGAAGGAGCCCUGGUGGUGCAAUGGCUAAGAGCUUGGCUGCUAACCAAAAGAUCGCGGUUCGAACCCACCAGCUGCUCCACGGAAGAAAGAUGUGGCAGUCUGUCUCUGUGAAGAUUUACAGCCUUGAAAACCCUGUGGGGCAGUUCUACUCUGUCGUAUAGGGUCGCUAGGAGUCAGAGUCAACUCGAUGGCAAUGAGUUGGCCUAGGGAUAAAGGUAGAAAUGAGGCACUGAGUGGCAUUUGAAAUCUAUUGAACUCUCUUAGCAGAGGGUAAACACAUAGUAAGGAUUAGGGCAGUAGCUCUCAACACUGGCUGCAAACUGGAAUCACCUAGGGAGGUUUAAAAAAUGACAGUCUGGGUCCUGCUCCCAAAGAUUCUGAUUGGCUUAGUGUCUGGCCAGGACAUCAGGAUUUUAAAAGCUCCCAGGUGUUUCUAGGAGACCCUGGUGGUAUAGUGGUUAAGUGCUACAGCUGCUAACACCAAGAGGUUGGCAGUUUGAAUCCACCAGGUGCUCCCUGGAAACUCUGUGGGGCAGUUCUACCCUGUCCCAUAGGGUUGCCGUGAGUCAAAAUCGACUCGACGGCAGUGGGGUUGGUUUUUAGGUGCUUCUAAUGUGGUUUUUUUUUUUUUUUUUUAAUGUGUAGUCGGGGAAACCCUGGUGGUGUAGUGGUUAAGUGCUGGCUGCUAACCAAAGGGUCGGCAGUUCGAAUCCGCCAGGUGCUCCUUAGAAACUAUGGGGCAGUUCUACUCUGUCCUAUAGGGUCGCUACGAGUCGGAAUCGACUCGAUGGCACUGGGUUUGGUUUGGUUUUUGUUAACGUCUAGUCAGAGUUGAGAACCAUCGAGUUAGAGGAGCUAGAGGUAGAGAUACCAGUUAGGUUACUGUAGUUAAGUUACAAGGAAGACCAGAAUUAAGCUGAAGUCAAUAAUAGAAAAAAGAAAACAGGUACAAAGGCAUUAGGAAGAUAAAACGCAUAUUCUGCAAUACUUCGCAACCAUUAAGGAGAACUGUCACCAUGAACGGAAAUAAGGAAGCCAGGAUACCAAAUGAGUUACUUUCCUAGAUCUGAGUUCUAGUGUUGGUUUUGUUACCAGCUGCCAGAGCUGAGUGAGUGCCUUUACUGCUCGAGUCCUAGCUGCCUCAUCCGUAUGAGGGAGUGAACUACAUGAUCUGGAAUCCUUUAGAUGGAACAGCCUAUGGUUCUGUGGAAUAAGAGAGGUAAGAUGAUGUGUUUGGUUUUGGAUACGUCAGAGCUUCCGAGAGUUGCCAGUUUUUCCCUGGCAGUGAGCCUGAAGGCUGAAAUCAGUUGUUGUCCGGUAACCAUCUCCACUAUACUAGUAAUCCUGGCAGAAAAAAGAGGGCACACACAGACAAACCUCACCGAAUGAUGGUAGGUGAGGAAUCAAGAAUGUUCCUUUCAGAGCAAAAUGAUGUGUCAGAACAAAGUUUUAAACAUGUAGAGGCUGCUAAUAACAUGCUUACAGAAUUUGAAGAGCCAGCAGCUGGUUAGUUCUCAAAUGAAAACCAAUAAUUUGCUUUAUAGGAAAUACAACAGGAAAGCCCCAAUCAAUCAAUUUUAGUGGUAAAAAGUCAAAUCAAUUAGGCAUUUGUUUUAGUUUCUUAAGGCCACAUUCUAAAAUUGGAUUUCUAGAAGGCUGUAUCCUCAAAGUUAAUACAAUACUAUGCUGCUGGGUGGCUGGUAAAAUUACCUUGUUUAUAGUGUAUGAGCCUUUUCUGCAGUACCACCAAGUGUGGUAAAUGCUGACUGUGUGGUUUCUCUGAUGCUUUUUACUAUAAAAAGUACUGAGAAACCAGUUUGAAAAAAAAUAUUUGCAUUGAGUAUAACUAUCUCCUCGUCUGAAACAUGUAAUGCAUGCGAUUUUCACAUGCAAAUAUCCAGCGCUUCCCCUAGGCACUCCCCCAGCCCGUGUGCAUAUGUGGCAGAAGAAAGGGGAGACAUAACAGGAUGAACAGAUGAUGCCUGCCUGCACAUUUAGUGAGAAAUGGUCAGAAAAGUUGUGUUUGUCUGGACUCUGGUUUUAAGAGCAUGAAAACCACCUGUGAUGCAAUCAGGUUCUAACUCUUUGAAACCUGUCCAUAAGCAAAACGAAAAAGGUAGCCAGGAAAUUGGAGUUGGCUUACCCAGCAAAAACUUGGUAACUGUAAGGCACCAAUUAGUCACAAGGCACAGCUUGUGCAGCUGGUGCAGGGGCUGGUGAUGGCAGUUGGAAACACAGCUACAGGAUGAUAUUUAGGUCUCUUGACUUAUCAAUUAAGAGAAGCAGAAGAUGAAAGGAAAAGAAUUUUUAAGGAAUAUUUGAACACUAAUAUAGUGUCAUCAAAGAGGAAAACACUUCCAUUUUGUUUCUGAAGGUUUCAAAAUCCAAACAAUUUACUCUUUAAAGAUUUAACACAAGGUUUUUGGUCUUAAAGAAAAUAGGUAUAUUGUCAUCACCAGAACCUCUCCAGAAAUUCUGAAGCUUUUCUUAAGUUCCCCAUACCAAUUGUCAUCAAGGAAACCCCUUCAAACUAUUUCAAAACAGUGAGAUUCCAAAGUGAGCUACACAGUGAAGGACUAGCUAGAAGGCACAGGGAGCUGUUGUCAAGUGCUGAUCCAACAAAUUCUAAUUUCAAGACAACCAACUGUGCCAAGAUGAAAAGAAAAGUGGUUUCCCAAGGUUGCUUGUCCUGGUCCAGUGAGGCUCAUCAUCAGUGCUUAUAAAUGGGGAAGUUCAAAGACUGUUCACCUAAUCUGCAAACCAAACUCACCUACCUAUGGAAAAGGAUUAUCAGUAUCUUACAACUACUCCACUGCUCCACUAAAUGGGUUAUUCACAGUACUGAAGGGGUGACACACAGACUUUCCUUUGAGUGUCACCAAUGUAAUUUCAGUGCCAGGGCAUACUGGUUAUCUGUUCUGUGAGAAGACCUAGUGAGUAAUCAUAAAAGCUCAACAGGUACUCCCUUUCACUAACAUCAGGGGGAAGAGCAUUACAUGGGGAAGUAAAAGGAGUAUCGGUCUUAGAAGACUUGAGGUGUUCAGUUGCCUGCAUGCCAUUUACUGAUGUUUAAUUUUGGUUGGGUUUGACCAUCAGUUCUUUACUUGUGAAAUGGAUGUGACAUAAUGAUAAGCACCACAAAGAGUGGUCGUGAGAUCAGAAAUAAUGUAUAAAAGAAUCCUUUGUAAAUCAUAAAGGUAAUGCAUUUUCAUUAAAUAUUAUUUUUGGAACUUGUUUUACCCCCUUAAAUCUUUUGACAAAUUUCGUGCUAAGAAUCCCUUUCUUGACAGUAUAAUGCAUAACUGAGCUUAAACUUGUUGUUUUAUUUGAAAAAGAAAAAACAAAAACAAAAACCCGAAAACUAAUAAAUACAUAUUUGACUGACUUCUGGCUCAAGCACCACAAGACAGAAAAACCAGUCUGCUUAUGAAGCAAGUCAUGUCCAGUGUCAAGAGUCACUUCCUGCUCAGUCUCAUUCUGUGUUCCCUUUUCUGAGGCUGCAGUGUGCCUUUUUAACUCCUUUUCCCACUGUCUCAUGGGCAGAUGAGAAAAGUGCUGUCUGGUAGAAGUGAGUAUGGUGCCUCGUGACUCUGGGAUUUCCCGGUAAGACAAACAACAGUGGUUUGGGGCUCUGUAGCCUCUGACUUCCUUUUCCUUGUUUUUUUUCCUCCCCUUUACCAGCAUUUUCGAGUCUCCUGUAGAUUACUGACAAAUCAGUACAUUUCGGCAUGCUCAGUCCAUCACUCUGAUGUGUUACUUUCAUGUAUUAACCAGGGCCUGAGUAGGAGAUUAAUGUUUGUAGUUGCAGAGAUGGUAGCAGUGACUAAUUUCUCUAAUCUCAAACAUGCCUUUACCUUUACGUGGCUCAUGAAUGCUUUGCAUUUUUGUGGGUAAUGAUAAAAUAGGCAAAGGUUUCUCACUUGUGUCUUAAUGUAUGAAAGGGGAUUUUAUUAGUUUUUGUCAGCACGGGCACACUUACUAAUAUGAGUUUUGGGUUGGUGAGCCAGCCCUACAAAACCAGUUUCCCAGUCAGUCUCAGUGUGAGAAAGGACCCACCUAUAGCAUACAUUUCACCUCUCACCUCUGCCUCAAAAUUUUGAGAGGUUGGAGCCCAGUAAUAUUGAAGACUGAUGUUUCCACGGUGUUCCAGAAUCCUCACCCACAGCCUUUAUUCCGCACCUGACUGCCGUGCCCUAGCCUGUUGCCUAAGGUAACCCCCCCCGCCCCCUCAACAAUCAGCCUCACCGAGGAAGAAUCAUCCUGGCUCUGGGUCUCCUAGAAAACAAAGGAUGAUCUCUCCUCUCUGGAAUCAGAAACUAUACUGCUUUCUAUAAUGUCAAAAUGGAAUCACUGAUUAUAAAAGUUCUAUGGAAGACAAGACUUAAUGUCUGUAAAUUCUGAGAAAGAACAGAGGCGGCAUCUCUGAAAGAGUAAAAGUAAAAUUUUCGAACAAACAGCUUGUUUUUAAUUUCAUGGCGUGGUGAUGAACAUCUUCUAUAGCUCUGCUAAAUAACAAAUUAAAUACUAUUAAGAUGAAAAUCUACUAAAAAGGUGUCCCAGGUGCCAGCCGAUGUCCGUGUAUUUCACCUAACAUUUGGCACAGCCAAGAACAGUGCGGCCGUGGUCCAGGGCAGGCUGUGAAAAUGUCUGCUCUGUAAGUCACUGCGGUCUAUAAAGCUUCCCAGGCCUUCCAUCCGUACUAGGGAGAAUAUGAAGCUGGAGACAGAAGGAACUAUGUGAUUGUAGUAGUGCAUUCCACUGACUUUUUGCCAUUUUGAGGAGAUGGGGCUCUCUGAGGCCUCUCUCAGAGCAGCAGAUAGUCUAGAACAGAGAAUUGCUGAGAAUCUCUUAUGCUCAAAUGCCCCUGAUGCUUCCCGUGCCUUUCUAAGGGGCUCUGAGGCAUACCCAAAAGCCUCUGCCUACACUCAAAAUGUAGAAACCACUCACCUUGCCAGUGUCAAAAGUAUAUGGAAAUAAUCACAGGACUUCAAAUGCAUACAAUUUACAAAGUAUUUCUUGCAUAUUAUCUCAGUAUAUCCUCACAAUAGUCCUGGGAGGAAGGUUCUUAUUUUACAGAUAAGGAAACAGGCUUAGAAAGGUGAAAUGACUUCCCCUAACAUCUUGGUCACAGAGCCAGGAUCAAACCCAGGUCUGCAGUCUCUUCUUUGACUGCUUUUACCUUCCCAUCAUGCUGUGCCUUGGAGACUUAGGUUCUGUAGGGCUACAUGACAGUGUAUCAGGUGAGUUUGUAAAACCUACCUGCUGACAAGCAAAUAAGACAGGGCCAGUGGCUAACCCGAGCUUCAGGUCAGUUGAUGUUGGUUUGCCCAUCUGGUGAGAACACGAGGUGAAGUCUAAUACGUCAUCUAUUAGCUAGCAAAAGGUAAAAAAGGAAUGUAAAAAGCAGCACCAUCCCAGCAUCACUGCCACCCUUCCCCCGCCCUGAGGAUUUCAGUCCAGGGGACAAUGCUGGCUGUGCUGACAACGUUCUUAUAAAUAAGCAUACCAACCUGAAAAGCUAUUCCUACAUUCUUUCCGUAUUGAUAGGCAAUCUCAUGCACCACUGGGUCAGGGCAUCCUAAAACAGAGACCUGAAACAGAGAAUUCUGAUAUAAACUGCUGGAAGGCAGAAACAAGGUCAUAAGCCCCAGGAUGGAAGGAUUCACACAGCAGGAAUCCCUUAAGUAAGAGGUAGGGAAGCUAGAUGGUGUAUAAUCAGAUAUUACUAUCAGAAGAUCAAACAUGAAUGAAACAAAUCAUUCUUAGAUGGUUUUCUUAAAUUCUAAGAACACCCCCUCAAGAUAGUAAGCAGUCUUUCCCAUGCUUAGGAAAAACUAAACUACAGCUAGACUAGUUCUACAGGUAAUAUGCUAAGCAAAUCUCUUUGAGGUGCAAAAGAUUCGGACCCUGAUAUGUAAAAUACUGGCUUCUGGCACUCAGCAGACCAGCCCAAUUGUUGACUUCAAUAACUUCUAUUGAUUUAUCCUCAUUUUAGGGAUGGAUAUGUAAUCUACUCUAACCGUACACAUGUUGCCGUAUCUACAUUUCCCCCAUUGUAGUCCUCUCUCAAUAAUUUUUGGUGAUUUCAUGUGUUUCUAAAAUGCAGUUAUUUCUUGGUAUGACUGUAAUAGCCUCAAACCUCAUGCUUCAGACAUAGUUAUUAUUCUUUCAUUAUCAGAAGGAUCUUCACUGGCUCUACUGUUUCCAUAUUUUUUCUCACAAGAAAUAAUUGUAUAAAAACUUCCGUGGGGGAGAAACAGUACUUCUAAAAGUCUCUUUUUAAAACUCCAAAAAACCAGCUGGCACUGGCCACUUGAUUGCAUUUCCCACUGCUCUGGUAGGCAUGCUAAGCAGGCCCACCCAGCACAUUUACAGAAAACAAAGACUAUUAAACCACAGGGGGAGGGCAGAUAGACACACUGUUCUACUGAAGAGGAAAUGUUUAUAUUGACUCUCAAUGAGAAAGCCAGAUGGAGCUCUUCACUGUCUCCUUUUAGUAAUGGAUCAUCGAUGAUAAAGAACCCUGUUCCCUGACCCUGGAUCCUACCUCACUAGUUCUCUGGUCAGCGGCCAUACUUUACUCAGGCAGUAUGGUAAAGUGGUUAGCCCCUAGUGUUGGACUUUGUCCCUUAUAAAUACCAUUUGACCUUGGCUUGUUAUUUAAUCUUUCUAUGCUUCAGUUUCCUCAUCUGUAAAAGAAGUAAUCAAUAGUUUGUAGCUCAUGGGGUUGUGGGGAAUAAGCGUGAUGAUGCCUUUAAGCCCUCAGCAGAGCGCCUGGCAUCUGGUUAGAACUCAAUGUCUGUUUGCUAUUAUUCUUAGUAAUCCUCCUCCUCAGCCCCUGGGGCCCAGGGCAGCGUCCCUCCGCCUCUGAAAGCCAGAUCACAGAAUUUCUUCAGCCAGGAGAAACCCUUUGACGACUUAAUGAAGUCUGUGACUGUGAAAUGCUUGGCCUUAAAGUCCAGGAUAAAAAGGUCAAGUGACCCCUUUCUUAACUGAAAAAUAACUCAUAACUGCUUUGAACAGCAAAGACCUUAGCACCAGCAGCACUCACCCAUGGGGCUGUAACAAGGUAGUCCUCUUCUCCUACACUAAAGACGCUGUGGGACCACAUGGGAGACAAUUUAGAAACUCUGAAAGAAGCUAUCAACUUGGCUAAAAAAAAAAAGUGAGUAUGGCAAGAUUUGGGCAGUCUGGAAUGAACUGAGUUCAGAAGAGAAGGAUAUUCCUUUCAUAGGCAACAUAAUUGAUAAUUGAAGCAAUUCUCUGAAGCCAGAUGAAUGCUGUUUCCUCAACGCAAGGCCACACAAAUAGAAACUUUCUUCCUGAGAAGUAGAAAAUUAAAAAAAAAAAAAAAAAAAAA